GGCACUAUCUGCGCAUGACAGCAACCGGAAGUAAUAGCCAACCGUACGUGGCAUCCAAAACGUAAUAUAAGUCGUGUCAUUCUAUGCGUGGUUUUAUCAACUUAAUUUCAGCCAACUCAAGAAAUUACACCUGUUUAUACCUUCAUCAACAAGAAGGUCUUCCAAUUCAAGCAUUUUGCAGCUAAAUGAGUUAUACCUGAUUAUGACACAAUGAAUCCACAAUUCCCCGGAAACCAAGGCCAGAUGCCGCCCACAGGGUAUGGUGCCCCUCCCAUGGGUGGACAGCGACCUCCAAUGGCAGGUCAACCAAUGUACAAUGGCACAGGUCAGCAGGGCCCACCUAGUGGUUUCCCUGGUGGGCCACCAAAACCUAAUAAUGCUUUGGGCCCAGGACAAAGCCAGUUUAGACCUAUGGCAAAUGGACCACAGCCUGGUGGCUUCCCGGGAGGAGGUCCCCAAGGAGACAUCAACUAUGGUGCACAAAGAGGACCAGUACCACCCAUGGUAGGAAAGCCUUUACAAGGACCACCCCAGAAUAUCCCUAACUCUACAGGUCCCUCAAACUCCAUGAUGGGCCCUGGGGCUGGCCCCAACAUGAUGGGACCUGGGCAACAGCCCCCUAAUUCCAUGAUGGGAGGAACAUCAGGGACACCCCCUAAUUCUAUGAUGGGACACAGUGCUCCACCCAACAUGAUGGGUUCUGGAGCCAGGCCUGCUAACCCAAUGAUGGGGAAUCCAAACAUGAUGGGCCCAGUGGCAUCACAAGGUGGCCAGUUCCGGCCCCCCACCCCGGGACAGGGACAAUUCUCUGGUGGACUUCCUCCUAACUCCACACAGCAGGUGACAAAUCAGAUGGGUGGUAUGACUGUAUCGGAUCAGCCUCGACCAAUGGAUAUGUCUGGAAGUCGCGGUGUUCCUCCAACAGGCCCAGGAAAUGCUCCACCCACUAAUUUUGGACAAUAUACACAGGGUGGUCCCCCUUCUGGACCACCUUCAGGGCCAUCUAUUGGGUAUGGCGCAGGAGCUCCGCCUAAACCACAGACCUCUACUGCAGCUGGUUUCCCCCAUGCACCAGCAGGGCCAGCAACUUCAGUGCCAGGUGGAGGGUUUCCAAGUCAGGGUCCCCCAUCAUCAAUGCAAGGAGGAUUCCCAAACCAGGGUCCCCCAUCAUCAAUGCCAGGAGGAUUCCCCAAUCAGGGUCCCCCAUCAUCAAUGCCAGGAGGAUUCCCCAAUCAGGGUCCCCCAUCAUCAAUGCCAGGAGGAUUCCCCAAUCAGGGUCCUCCGUCUUCAAUGCCUGGAGGAUUCCCCAACCAGGGUCCCCCAUCUUCAAUGUCAGGAGGAUUCCCCAAUCAGGGCCCUCCUACCUCAAUGCAAGGAGGACACCCUCCUUCUGGGCUCCCUUCUAGUCAAUAUGGUGGCAUGCCCCCCAUGCCAUCCCAGCAGACACCACCAUCAUCUGCUGGACCCAUGUCUGGGCCCCCAGGAAGGGGCCAGCAGUAUAUGGGUGGAACCAUGCCGGGAACAACCUUCCCUCCACAGACAGGUUUCUCAGGUACAGGAGGACAACACAUGCCAGCUCCUGGUGGAAUUCAGCAACCUGCUCCAAGAAAACUUGACCCAGACCAGAUGCCUAGCCCAAUACAGGUGAUAGAAGAUGAUGAGGCCAACAAAGGGGGAAUGUUUUCCACACUGGAAAGGGGCGUUGCCCCACCACUGGUGACUACACAAUUUACCGUCCAAGAUCAAGGUAACUGUAAUCCACGUUUUAUGAGGUCAACCACUUAUACCAUACCAUGUACUGCAGACCUCCUCAAGACAAGUCACAUACCAUUAGCUCUUACUAUAUCUCCAUUUGCUAAACUCAACGUUGGAGAGAACCCACCCCCGAUUGUCAAUUUGGGAGAGGUUGGACCAGUACGUUGUAAGAGGUGCAAGGCUUACAUGAAUCCAUUCAUGAUGUUUAUUGAUGGAGGGAGAAGGUUCCAGUGUGUGUUCUGUGGAGCACAAACAGAUGUGCCACCUGAGUACUUCCAACACCUUGACCAUACGGGUAGAAGAGUCGACGCAUACGACAGGCCAGAACUUUGUCUUGGCUCCUAUGAAUUUGUUGCCACUAAAGACUAUUGCAAAAAUGGCACGCUACCUAAUGCCCCUGCCUUCAUCUUCAUGAUUGAUGUUUCCUACAACAGUGUAAAAAGUGGUCUUGUUCAUCUGUUGUGUAAAUCCCUCAAGGAAGAAAUUCUUGUCAACUUACCAAAGGAAGUUGGUGCAGAGGAAUCAGAAAUACGUGUGGGAUUUGUCACAUAUGCUAAAGAAAUUCACUUUUAUAAUGUCAAGGGAAAUCUUGCCCAGCCACAAAUGUUGGUUGUAUCAGAUUUAGAUGACGUUUUUGUGCCAUUGCUGGAUGGUUUCCUGGUCAAGCUAUCAGAAUCAGAGGCUGUAAUUGACAGUUUGCUUGCCCAGAUCCCAGUAAUGUUUGCAGAGUCAAGGGAAACUGAGACAGUGCUUGGUCCUGUCAUACAAGCAGGCUUGGAUGCCCUCAAGUCCGCUGACCGCAGUGGCAAACUCUAUAUAUUUCACUCAUCACUGCCUAUAGCUGAGGCUCCGGGCAAGCUUAAAAACAGAGACGACAGGAAACUCCUCGGUACAGACAAAGAAAAGACAAUCCUUACACCACAGAACAACUUCUACACUAAGUUAGGCCAAGAAUGUGUAGUAGCAGGCUGCAGUGUGGACAUAUUCCUGUUCCCAAAUGCUUACAUCGAUGUAGCAUCAAUUAGUGAUGUGUGUCGUCUUACUGGCGGCAAUAUGUACAAGUACAGUUACUUCCAGUCUGAUAACGAAAAAGCUGACUUGGAUGGAUCCAGAUUCAUGGAAGACUUGAGGAUGAAUGUGGAAAGCCAGGUUGCAUUUGAUGGUAUUCUUCGUGUGAGAACAAGCACAGGUAUACGGCCAGUGGACUUUUUCGGUAACUUCUACAUGGCCAACACAACAGAUGUGGAGUUGGCAGCUAUGAGCCAGAGCCAAGCAAUCGGUGUGGAGAUCAAGCACGAUGAUAAACUCAAUGAGGGAGAUGGUGCUUUUGUACAGAUAGCAAUGCUGUUUACCAGUGUCAGUGGACAGAGGCGACUGAGGAUACACAACCUUUCUUUCAACUGUUGCAUGCAAAUGGCUGAACUGUUCCGUAGCUGUGAGCUGGAUACACUAGUCAACUUCAUGUCAAAACAAGCAAUACGAGAGACGCUUAACUCCAAUCCACGCCAGGUGCGUGAUAAUGUGAUGAACCAGGUUGCCCAGAUUCUAGCAUGUUACAGGAAGAGCUGUGCCAGUCCUUCAUCCGCAGGCCAACUCAUCCUCCCCGAGUGUAUGAAGCUCCUCCCCCUUUACUCCAACUGUAUCAUCAAGAGUGAUGGCCUACAGGGAGGGUCUGAGAUAUCAACAGAUGACCGAAGUUAUCUGAUGCAUCUUAUUAGUGCAAUGGAUGUUAAGUCAUCUCAUGUGUUCUUUUAUCCGCGACUGAUGCCUUUGCACAAUAUAGAGAAAUCCGCAAAGAUGCCAAGAUCCAUCCGGUGUUCAGCUGAGCGGCUACAGGAUAACGGAGUUUAUCUUUUAGAGAAUGGUAUAUCUAUGUUUAUGUGGAUUGGACACAAUGUUGAUCCUCACUGGAUACAGGAGAUAUUUGGUGUACAAAGUGCUGCACAAGUGGAUAUAGACAAGUGUAAAUUACUGGCACUGGACAAUCCAUUGUCUCAAAGAGUGAACGAAGUAAUCCAACAGGUCCGGCAAGAACGAAACAGAUAUAUGAAGCUUACCAUUGUGAGACAACGUGACAAGCUGGAACCUUGGUUCAAUCAUUUCUUGGUGGAGGACAAAGGACUUAAUAAUAGUGCCUCCUAUGUAGACUAUCUGUGUCACAUACAUAAAGAAAUUCGAAGCCUACUUAGUUAAUGCAACAAUUCUCAUGUCACAUAAACCGACAUAAUUCAUCGCAAUGAAACCAGCAGAAAGGGUUGUGACCUGAACCCGAAGUAUUUUCUCACAGAGGAAUGGUAAGAUGCCUGUUAUAUUAGGUGCGAGUCAAGGUGCAGCAGAUUACAGAACUUUGUCAGUGGUUCCCAACAAAAGCAUUAGUGUUUGGAUUACCAGUACUACACUGUGAAGUUCUAGUAACAGAGGCAGCUCCAGGUCACAAGCCAAAGGUUGGACAGGUAUUAACAGUUCAGUCUAUUCUACAUGAAAUAGAUGAAAUAUGGGACAUUUCAAAACUGAACUGCCCAACAAGACAGCAAAGAGAUUCCUGAGCCGAGAAUGUUUUUUUUCCUUUCUAAAAAAUAGGAUUUCUAUCGAGGAAGCUCAGUAGGGAUGUUUGUAUCAUUUUCUGAAGCUCCUGGUUGAGUUGAACUGUACAUGAUAUGCCUCAUCUCUUUGACAGUGGCCAGUUUGAUUAACACAUGACAUAUCAUAGUAUGGCUUAUAAGUAAUAUGUCAGUGGCUAUUUUUUAAAAGAUUCUGAAAAUCACGAUCUGUUUUUUGCAAGAUAUGUACUAACUUGGUAAUUCAUGAGAAAUAUCCAUCAGUAAUAUAAAAGCACAUUUUUAUUAAAUGUUUAUCGAGAUAAAUUGAGGUUUCUUUCAACAAUAACUGGCCGAUAUGAAGGUAUUUACCGCGUUGGUAGGUAUUUAUGACAGUAAGAUAUAUAUUCACAAAAAGUCAUCGAUUUACAGUAGAAAGUAAUGGCUUGGAUACAUAUUCUAUUGACAAAGAGUUAAAUAGAUAGAAAUUGUUAUGAAAAUUGUUGGUAGAAUGUAGGAUUGAAUACCUAUUAACGUCCAGUAUGAAUUAAAAAAUGUAUUUAUAUAUAUUUUAUCAGUAGAGUUUUUCCUCAUGAAUUUGUUAGUUUAUUUGGAUAACAAUUCUAGUCUUUGACAAAUUACCUGUUCUUUAAUGGUAAUUUUGUCAAGUCAAUAAAUAUAAUUCCACUUGUGAUAAAAGUACAUGUGAUUUUAAUUAUUGAGGCAAGACAGACUGAACAUUGGAAUCCAGGGAAUACUUUGAAUCAGAAUAUUUUACUUACUAAAAUUUUCUAGAGACAUAAAAGUUCCAGACUAUCGAAGAUGUUGGUUGGGAUGGGAGUUUUGUAGAAAUUUAACAUUUGUUUUGGAUAACCAAAUGUCCAUAAUUAAAAUUGAAAUGAAUGGUUGUUAGUAAAAACGUUUGUAAACAGUUGUUUGGUCAAUAUUAGUAACAAUCCAAACAAUUUUUUGCUGAAAACAUUCACUAUUUGUCAUGAUUAUAAAACGGAUUAGAUCAGAAGUUAUGUUUACUUCCAAGUCUUAUCAAAGUUAUCUUUAAUACUUUUGGUUUCAUACGGUGAUUUAAUCACAUUUUAUGGAAACAAGGAUAAUUCAUAUUCACACAAUUUUUUUUCUUUUUUUUUUUUCGGUGUAAAAUGGUACAAUUGAUUUUAGUGUUCACUGCCAUUUUGAAUCCACAUAUUUGAUAUACCAUUAAAACAAAUUUGGUACAGAAAAACUACAUACUGUCCAAGACAAAAUGGCAAUCUGACCGUAUGCUUUUUCUUACUAGUGCUGUGCAAGUCAUUGCAAUGUAAUAUGAACAUUGUAUUUGUAAUUACCUGCUUGUAUGUAUAUGUCUCCUGCUCCAAACAACAACAGCAUCAUAGCCUCCAGUCUUUGUGUUAAGGCAGGACCCAAUGUAUAGCAACCCUUUAAUUUGUGGUAUACCCCUAACACAAAGAUUCAAAGCUAAAGUAGCAUGAUGCCCUAGCAUUGAAAUAAGACAAAGUUACAAUAGCUGCUAUUUAACCACUAUCAAGAUAAACCCCAAAGCUUUGUUACAACCCCCCUUACCCUAAAUCCACUGCAAUAUUAUUCCUCCCCUCCCCAAAUUUGUUUUCGGAGAAGUAGUGUUAUAAAGAAGAUAAGUGUAUGCAUGUGUGAGAUUGCUGAUAUUAUAUACUAUGUACAGCUGUAUCCGGUUAGCAUGUAUCACAGAAACUGGUUAUAAAUGGAAUUUUGGGAGAUGAAUGAUUGAUGGAUGGCAUACAAGUUUAUAUGGAAGCUAGCUAGUGUAUUACAAACUUAAAAUACAGGUUUUGUAUAUUCAAAUUGGUAUUGUAAUAGAUUUUUUUUUUUUAAGUCAAUCAAGUAUUUUUUGAAUAGUGUAAAAGUGCAGGCAAGAUUUGAACUAAUAGUGGCUUGAUAGAACUUUCAUGAUGGUUCAUAACAGUAUUCACUUCAUAAAUGAAAUCUUCUAUCAAAACAUGCUCAAAAUACAAAUUGUAGAAAACGCAAUUAUCUUAUAUUAAUGAAACAAAGUCAGGAUAUUGAGCAUCAUUCAGUUUUCUAAGACAAUUAUUAAAGCUGAUUUUCUGUUUUGAACAUCAAAAAUAUUUGAUAAGCAGGGUUUUUAGAACCUACAACUUUAUUUUAGAAUUUGGCUACUUGCAUUGCAUAAGGUUUAGAAGUUUGAUUUGUUCAUAAUUGUAAACAUUCAUCAUGUUUUUGUUGUAGGCAUUUAUCGUUCAUAGAUUUUGAUGAUUCUUGAAUUACCUCUCCAUAUUAUGAAUAGAAAUGACACAAGAAAGUAUAAUUACUUUUAAAUAUUAAGAGUGAACAGUAGUAUUCAACAAAGCUUUAAACAUGGCAUAAUUUAUCUCUUACUAAAAAUACAUCUGUGAAUUCACAUAUUUCCAAGUUGAUGUAUAAUUUCCUUACUGCUGUUCCAUCUAGAAUUGUUACUUUCUUGAUACGAUAUUCAGUGUUGAAUCUUGGAUUACUGAAUUAUUGAAGCUUGUGCAUUGUUAUUGCAAUUUAAUACCCGAUUAUUUCACCAAUACUCGUUCAUUAAUAUUAUGGUGCUCAUCUAUAUUUUACCAAGUGAUGUGGAGAAACUUUCUUAAACACCUUCAGGAUUCUGUAUGUGUGGUAAUAUGUUAAGCCUAAUGGCAAGCACCUGGUAGUCACUUCAUGUUUGAGGGGGUUGUUUCUCACAAGUAAAACAAGGAAUGACAAGAAAUACUUGAAUCAGUUUAACUUUUAAAAAUUAUCAAAUUUGGUUGCUGCAGAUUUUGAGGAAAGUUAUUUUCAGGUUUUUGCUAAAAAUGCUUAUUUAUUUCAAUUUAAAUGAAUUUUAAAGUAGUAAACAAUUGAUUUCUACAUCAGCUUUCCUCAUAAUAAUAAUAAAGUCUAUACUGUGUAGUUCAGUGAUAGGAUCUGCAUAGCUGUUGAUUGCUUAUAUAUACUAUUGAGCAAUUUAUUGUGAAUCAUGAUGGAGACGCUGAAUUGAUUUUACAAGUAGUAUUUUCAGUUGCAUGUUAUUUAUAUGUCUACACUGUGAUAGCUGUAUCAUUAUGAAGUACAUGCCUUUUUGGUCCGCUGUAGGACUUCCUCUGCAGGCAAGGCAAAAAGGCAAGAUUUUGUCAAAAUUAAAUAUAACUGAUGAACAG